AGGGAGGUGGAGAGAGAGGGAGCAGGAGGUAGGAAGACAGAGCGCUCCGAGGAUCGGAGAAAAAGAGUGAGAGAUUGAGCGGCAGAGUAAUAAAGCCAGGGUCAGAGACACGGAAAGCUGCAAUUAGUGGAGAGAGAGAGAGAGAGAGAGAGAGGUGAAGAGAGAGAGAGGUGAAUAGAAAGAGAGAGAGGUAAAUAGAGAGAGCGGGGUGGAGGAGCAGCCAGGAGGACCACUGCCAUGAGAUGCUAGGCUGAGGGAGGAUCUACUGUUGUCCUUGGAUACCAGAAGGAGCAAGAGAGACGGAGCGCUUGGCAACACUGUUAUGAGGCGGUGAGCAGCAAUCCAGGCAGCGGAUUGGUUCAGCGGCAGGGUUAAAGGUCACCAUGGCGGGGCGGGGCCUGUGCCCCCGCCUCUUCCUGCUCCUGGCGCUUUUCUCUCUUGGCCACGCCUCCAUCUUCCUGUCCAGCCAGCGCCUCAAGCCCCGCCUUCAGCGAGACCGACGGAACAUUCGACCCAACAUCAUCCUCAUCCUCACAGACGACCAGGACAUAGAGCUGGGGUCGAUGCAGGCGAUGAACAAGACUCGUCGGAUCAUGGAGCAAGGGGGGACCCACUUCACCAACGCCUUCGUGACCACGCCCAUGUGCUGCCCGUCGCGCUCCUCCAUGCUGACGGGGAAGUACGUCCACAACCACAACACCUACACCAACAACGAGAACUGCUCCUCCCCCUCCUGGCAGGCCCAGCACGAGCCGCGCACCUUCGGAGUGUACCUCAACAACACUGGGUAUAGGACAGCCUUCUUUGGGAAGUACCUGAACGAGUACAACGGCUCCUACGUGCCUCCAGGGUGGAGGGAGUGGGUGGGGCUAGUGAAGAACUCACGCUUCUACAACUACACCCUCUGUCGGAACGGCCUCCGGGAGAAACACGGCUCCAACUACCCCCAGGACUACCUGACAGACCUGAUCACAGAGGACAGUGUGAGGUACUUCCGCUCCUCUAAGAGGGUGUACCCCCACCGGCCCGUCCUCAUGGUGCUGAGUCACGCCGCGCCCCACGGCCCCGAGGACUCCGCCCCCCAGUACAGCACCGCCUUCCCCAACGCCUCCCAGCACAUCACCCCCAGCUAUAACUACGCCCCCAACCCAGACAAGCACUGGAUCAUGCGCUACACGGGGGCCAUGAGGCCCAUCCACAUGGAGUUCACCAACAUGCUGCAGAGGAAGAGGCUGCAGACGCUGCUGUCUGUCGACGACAGUGUGGAGAAAAUCUACAACAUGCUGGUGGAGACAGGAGAGCUGGAUAACACCUACAUCAUCUACACAGCGGACCACGGCUACCACAUUGGCCAGUUUGGACUGGUCAAGGGCAAGUCCAUGCCCUACGAGUUCGACAUCAGAGUCCCCUUCUACAUCCGGGGGCCCAACAUAGAAGCUGGCUCCAUAAACCCCCACAUGGUUCUGAACAUUGACCUGGCCCCCACCAUCCUGGACAUCGCUGGGGUGGACACUCCUUUUGACAUGGAUGGCAAGUCCAUCCUCAAACUGCUGGAUACAGACCGGGCCUUCAACAGGUUCCAGGUGAACAAGAAGGGCAAGGUUUGGAGGGAUUCCUUCCUGGUGGAGCGAGGGAAGUUCUUCCAUAAGAGAGAUGAUGAAAAGGAAGUGGCACAGGAGGAGAACUUCCUGCCCAAGUAUCAGCGUGUGAAAGACCUGUGUCAGAGAACCGAGUACCAGACGCCCUGCGAACAGCUGGGACAGAAGUGGCAGUGUGUGGAGGACUCUACAGGGAAGCUGAGGCUGUUUAAGUGUAAGGGGGUGGUGAGGGGGGUGUCCAGGGGCGUGGUCAAGGGCAUGGCCAACCUGCCGCUGGGGCGGGUCCCGAGCACAGCCAGCAUCAAGUCUCAGCUCUACCGACGAAUCACAGAGCCUGACGACUGUAACUGUGGCGGCCCCCCCAGCCUCCCUGGACUACGCAUCAACUCCUUCAAGAAAAAGUUCCUCACCAAGAAGAAGAUGAAGUCCAUGAAGAGCUACUCCAGGAACCGCUUCAGUCGCUCUGUCUCCAUGGAGAUGGGCGGAGACCUGUUUGCUGUCGACCUGGAGGAUGGCUACCAGCCUGUUCCCCGCGGCAACCUGAGCGAGGGCGGGGCAGUGACCCAUGGGCCAAUCCAGGUGGAGGAUGAGGCCAGUGGAAUGGGAGGAGUCACCACACAGCCCAAGACCAGUGAGAGUCUGGAGGUGCCCUCAUCCAUCAAGGUCACUCACAGGUGUGCCAUCCUGGCCAACGACUCAGUCAAGUGUGACACGGGGGUGUAUAAGUCUCUUCAGGCAUGGAAGGACCACAAGCUGCACAUCGACCAUGAGAUCGAGACCCUUCAGACAAAGAUCAAGAACCUGCGUGAGGUCAGAGGUCACCUGAAGAAGGCUCGUCCUGGAGAGUGUGACUGCAACCGCUACAUAUACAAGUCUAAAUACAAGAGUAAGCUGAGACACAAAAGUGGAAACACCCACCCAUUCAGAAAGGGCCAGGAGAAGGAUAAGAAGGCGUGGCUGAUGAAGGAGCAGAAGAGGAGGAAGAAGAUGAGGAAGCUGCUGAAGCGUCUGAAGAACAACGACACGUGCAGCAUGCCUGGCCUCACCUGCUUCACACACGACAACCAGCACUGGCAGACCGCUCCCUUCUGGACCAUGGGGCCGUUCUGUGCCUGCACCAGUGCCAACAACAACACCUACUGGUGUCUCAGAACCAUCAACGAGACCCACAACUUCCUGUUCUGUGAGUUUGCCACUGGAUUCCUGGAAUACUUUGACCUCAACAUUGACCCCUACCAGCUGAUGAAUGCUGUGAACACACUGGACCGUCAUGUUCUGAAUGAGCUCCACGCGCAGCUGAUGGAGCUGCGGGCCUGUAAGGGCCACAAGCAGUGUAACCCCCGCACACGCAGCCUGGAGCUGGGAGGGAGAGAGCGUGGCAGCUUUGAUGAAUACAGGCAGUUUCAGCGGAAAAAGUGGCCUAAAGUGAAGCGGCCUUCUUCCUCUCGAUCGCUAGGACAGAUCUGGGAGGGAUGGGAAGGAUAAGGACCAGAAGGGAGGGGCUCCGUCUGUCUGGGCGGGGCUUGAAGGGGAGCUGGAGGAGGAGUCAGAUGCCCAGAGCUCCACCCUCAGCUUGGAGGAUUGGUCACACUUCUCUUCUGCUGUCCAUAACAUGGUGGUACUGCUAGGCAACAUGCCCCACCGUCACCACGGAAACCGUCCUCCAGGAGGAGACCACACGUCAGCAUCACCAAUUGACCAAUCAGCUUCAGCCAUCGACCAGACCACUCGGACCACACCCUCUUCACUGCUGAGGAGGGCAAACUCUGGAGCCCUAGAGGACACGCUGGGGCUGACAGGACACCCCCCCUCUCCACACUCCUCCUCCUCUUCAUCCUCCCCCACCACCUCUCCCUCCUCCACCUCCUCCUUUACCCCUCGCCCCUCACCUUCCUCCUCCUCAUUCCCCCUCUCGCUCUCUGAUGAAGAAGGUAGCGCCAACCGGGGUAGGUUUCUGAGGGAGGAGGAGGAAGAGGGGGAAGAGGAUGGUUUGAGACAACCAGACAUGUGGAGAGACUGGCUACAGAGACAGAGGCAGGCUCACUGUGACUGCAGUGAUUUCGACCCUUAGAAGCCCUCAGCAGCGUCUGUCCAACAGCCUGUCUGUCUGCCCUCUAUCUGCCCCUUACAUGGUUCUCUGCCCCCCCCCCCUCUCCCCCCCCCAUCCACUGACUGGAUCAGAACUCCUUCUCCCCCCCCCACCCCAUUCCUCCAGAAGGAGACCUUUUAAAUUAGGUUUUAGUUUGAAUAUUCAUGUGAUACGUAAGACCCUUAGGGGGGCUUGGUAACAGACAGAUGUGUUUGUAUUGUGGAUGUGUGUUGUUGACUUGAUUCCAUCCUACUAUCUCCUGUACCCCCACAGUGAGCUUCAGUGGAUGUGGCACAUUGCUUUCCCCCCAUACUCUGUGCUACUAAUUCAAGUCUGAAAACAGAUUAGCUAACAGACACACACACACACACAUACUCACAGAGUGCCAUCUUUUCUUAGUUUCAUGAUGUUUUGUUUUGAAUGAGAAGCCAGAUACUUUGGAUGUGUUUGAUGUGAAUCUAUUAGGAUGUCACUUCCUUAGUUGGUUUAGGUUUGUUAUUAAUUUCUACCUGAGUGUUUGGCAUCCAGAUGUUGAACAAACCUUUGACUAAUGUCAUUUGUAAAGCAACCACCAGCUCCUGGCUUUAUGUUACACGCCCACCAGGCAUUUAUCUGACCUAAUAGUUUUGGUUUGAACCACAAACCUGACUGGGACUCACAACUCCACCCAGCCUGCAUCAUGUAAGCAAGUUUAUCAUCAAGCGCGCCCUAUCCACCUGUUCCUAUGGUUACCACUGAUAUGCCUGCUGCCACUAAUGGGCUGUCUGGAGUUCCCGCUUGUCACCCAUCUGCCAGUAGAGAGGAAGCGAGGGUGUGCUGGGUUUGAUUGGGGACUUUGGCCAGGGCUGAUCCCGUCAGGUAGGAGGGAAGGCUGGGAGCCUGCCCCUGACCUGCACCCCUGCCCACCCUGGAGGAUGCAGCAGCACUGAAGAACCAAAUCUAACAACCCUCUCUCUCUCUCUUUAACACAGCUGUUACUAGUCACUUUGUGUUCGCUAUACAUGGUGCUAUCGCAGUCUCCACAUAUAUAUGAUAAAUUGCUGUACGUAUUUGAAUGUAUGUUUUACAAUUAAUGUAAAUGUUUUAAAUCUAUUUUAUAAUAGCCAGAAGAGGGGUGACCAACCUAACACGCUGAGCUGUGAUAACUCUGUUCUAGUCCAAUCAGAGAGCAGAUUCACCCUGACCUACCCUCCUCCAAAUCCCUUUUCCCUGUUGAGACAAGAACCAACCAGAGGACUGGAGCACUUUGACAGGGACUACUGUACACAAACGAAGAAAAGACAGAUGGUUUUAUCCUAACAAUGCCUUGUACAGUUACAUAGAUUUAUCAGACAUAUAUUUUGGUCUCCCUCAGUUUACCAGUGACCCGUUGCUAGUGGGUGUUAGUUUGUGAAUAAAGUGUUGAAUGCAAAGUU